AGGAAAUGCAAUUUUAAUAGUUUAAAAUAUCAACGUAGCAGGAUUAUCAACAAACAACUUACUGCUCAAACACCUUUCCGCUUAUCACAACACAAACGACCAGCAGCCUUAUCACGCCAGUCUAAUUUGCAAUGCCAUGCGCGUCUCGUCUUGGGCCUCUUGGCACACCGCGCAACAAUUCGCUGAUGCAGCACAUAUUCCGAUAAAGGCAAGAUAUUGUACUGGUGUAAGCACCUGUUUGCUGCCAUACCUUAACAAACGAAUACAGUAUAAAAAGUCAGAUGCCUUUUCAACAUGUCUGUUGAGGAGAACGAACUACAGGCCGAACUAGCCAACCUCUCCGCGACCAUCCAUUCCCGCCAGUACAUUCCCAAUGACCAGAGCUAUCAGGAGACAUGGCGCAAUCCGGCCACCACCGUCAGCCGUGUACAGCUGCACAAACGACGAACCCUCAAGGGACAUUUAGCCAAAGUGUACGCGCUGCAGUGGGGCUCGGAUUCCUACCAGUUAGUGUCGGCUUCGCAGGACGGGAAGCUGCUGGUGUGGAAUGCCUACACGAAUAAGAAAGCCGGCGCGGUCUCCCUGAAAUGCAGCUGGGUGAUGGCCUGUGCGUAUUCCCCUUCGCAGCGUUUGGUGGCCAGUGGCGGCCUGGAUAAUAUAUGCUCAGUGUACAAACUAAAGGACGAGAAGCAGACGUCCACGGCGGUACAAGAGAAAGUGUGGCGGGAACUGUCCGGGCACACGGGAUUCAUCAGCUGCUGCCGGUUUCUGACCGAUGAGCAGAUUUUAACCAGUUCCGGUGAUAAGACGUGCGCGCUGUGGGAUGUGGAAACCGGUCAGACGACGACGGCGUUUGCUAACCAUGUCGGCGAUGUUAUGCACGUGUCCGUUUCCCGAGAUAAUCGAACUUUUGUUUCCGGAUCCUGUGAUUCAACCAGUAAACUAUGGGAUAUUCGGGAUGGAUUGUGUCAUCAGACGUUUUUCGGUCACGAAAAUGACGUGAACGGCGUAGAUUAUCAUCCCAGCGGAUACGCCUUCGUCACGGCGUCCGAGGACGGUACCUGUCGUCUCUUCGAUAUUCGGGCUGACCGCCAGGCGGCCGUGUAUAAGCACGAGAACAUGGACCGGGCAGCGGCUACCUGCGUAGCCACUUCCAAAUCCGGAAGACUGAUCUUUGCCGGUUAUGACGAUGCCAUUUGCAAUAUUUGGGACACUGUGACCGGUACGCGGGUUGGAGUUUUGUUAGGCGAUGAGAAUCGCGUCAGUACUGUGGGUGUGGCGCCGGACGGAAGGGCAGUUGCCACCGGCACAUGGGAAUGUUAUGUGCACGUUUGGGCCUGAAAGCUAUACCCUCAAAAAAUCGAGUUUUCCCUUUUUUUGGUCACUGCUCGAAACGUGUCCGUUACACUUCGAUUCUUUGUGAGUUGCAAAUUCGCACCGUGAAGUUCCAUAAUUGCUACUCGUAAACUGAGUAUAAAAUUUUUGUCGAUAACUUUUUUCUUAUUGGCAUUUGCAAUUGUGACGCCUGCUGAACGAAGAGAUAAAAAUGAAGUUUGGAUG